CUUUGUGAUUCAUAAACAAACGACCCAACCUAUCUUAUCGCCCUUAACGUCAUGAUUCGAAACCGCUGUACAGCUUUGAUUCGAGAUACUGCCCCGGAACGACCGCGCAAUUCGCCCCCGCUCACCUUUCUGUCCCUCUCCCGCGAAAUUCGCGAUGAAAUCUAUGGUUUAGGGCUGGUAUCAACGUCGCCUAUCAUUGUCUGGAAGGGUCAAUGGAAAGGGGAAUACCAUUAUCACCCUGAACCUGAAGGGGAGGCGUGGCCAUCGAAUGAGAGGAUGAGACGUCUUUCUUCUGCUUUACACUGGCAAGAGGUCGACCAAGAAGCUAUAUUAGCAAGCCUCCGACCUCUAGCUGUGAAUCUUAUCUUGUGUAACAAGACCGUGAGCCACGAGGCAGCUCGGAUGUUCUAUACGAAGAACACGUUUGCGUUCCUGGGACAGCAUAAUUGGGAUCCUAUCGUCUCAUGGCUCCGAACCAUUGGUCCGGCAAACCGAGCCUCCCUAGUUUCGAUAGAAGUGAACGCAGGGCGACCGGAUCCCGUGUGGCAAUGUUCAAAUGGUGAGAGGUUUGCGAACGCAGAGGGCAAAACCCGUUGGGAGAUAUAUCCACGGCAUCCUUUCUUGCAGCUCCCCACCACCGAAGGGCGUUUACGAUGUGGCCGAGCAGAAAAUAUCAACCCAGCCGUCGAAAUGAUAUUCGUAUUGCUAGGCCAGAGGACAACGGAGCAAAAAGUCACGAUUGUUAUGGACCUUAACAGAUGUUCAUAUCCAGGAGGGAGAAUGCUGCGCAAUCCAACCGACCCCUGUCCCGAAAACGGGUGGUAUAGCAUGGAUCUUCCAAACCUGAUUGAAAAAUUUCGAUCACUUCACGCACAGCAAGUAGAGGUACUCUGGAAAGGAAAUGACUGUCGAAAAGAGCUCGAAGAUCAGCAAACAAUGAUGGAAAGCAUCAGUUGGGAUGUAAAGGUGUUGCCAGCCACGGAAGACGAACUCCACCCUCACCCUGAGUUUCAUGGUUGCCAUCCUGCGUCUGACGAGUGGAGAAUUGCGAAGUACGUGCUGAGAAGAAAGGAGCUGACGGGACCGCUCUGGCAAGAUCCUUGCCCAUUAUUUCAUAUGUGUCACCCGAGUCUAUGCAAUCCUCGAAUCACUGAAGUGCCUAAGUUUCCAUCUCUAUUACAACUGAGCAAGGGAUUUCUAUAGAUAAGGCUCAUAUUUCGUUUGGCAAGGCGUCUUUCAUUGCUACAUAGCAAUCAAUGGGCCGAAGCCGGAGAUCGGAGACGUCAACUGAGGUUCAGUGACAGAGAAUGAUAUAAUUGACUUGAAUCCUCGAUGCAAGUGCUUGCUGUAGGACCUUGAAUGUACUAUGUAUUAAUAGAAAUAACGGGACUAGAACUAUAUUGAAAGCAAUCACAAAUUUAAUAUGCA